CCCCCUGCCGGCCCGCCCUCCGGCCGCGUCCCCGCCAGCCCUGCCGACGUGGCGGGGCGGGACCCGGCGGGCGCUCCCGCGCGCACUCGGCCGCCUGAGCGAUAUUAAAAUGUCUGACGAUGGCGAUGACACCUUAGCCACUGGCGACAAAGACGAAAAAACCGACGUGCCCGUUAGUGAUACUUUACCCAGCGAUGCACCAGUGCUCUGUGAUUCAGCUACGAUUUCAAAUGAGCUAUCGCCCGCCAACCCCAGACGAGAUGUGCCUGGAAAUGCAGCCGCUCAGGGUGCAGAGACGGCCGACACUGGACUUACUGAGCCGCCCGAAGACCCUGGUGCCAUGGGGCCCCCUCUCAAUGAAGAAGAGACUGAGGAGGCCCUUGCUGAGUGCGUUGACUCCGUCAGCCUGGAGGCAGAACCUGGAUCCGAAGUACCCCUGAAAGAACAGAGUAAUCCGGCUGUGGAUUCCUCUCCACGUGGAGGAGGAUGGGCAGGCUGGGGCUCCUGGGGCAAAUCUCUGCUCUCGUCAGCAUCUGCCACAGUAGGUCAUGGAUUAACAGCGGUCAAGGAAAAAGCAGGGGCCACCCUCCGGAUGCAUAGUGUGAACUCUGGCUCUUCCGAAGCGGCCCAACCUGAUACAGAAAACGAAAUCCCCCAAACAGCAGAUGCGGCUGCAGAUCAGAGCCCCGCAGAAAGCCCCCCCACUUCUCCUUCAUCAGGGUCGCGGGGCGUGCUGUCAGCCAUCACCAACGCGGUUCAGAACACAGGUAAAAGCGUCUUGACGGGUGGUCUUGAUGCUUUGGAAUUCAUUGGCAAGAAAACCAUGAAUGUCCUUGCGGAAAGUGACCCAGGUUUUAAGCGGACCAAGACACUCAUGGAGAGGACCGUUUCCUUGUCUCAGAUGCUGCGGGAAGCCAAGGAGAAGGAGAAGCAGAGGCUGGCCCAGCAGCUCACAGCCGAGAGGACCGCGCACUAUGGGAUGCUGUUUGAUGAGUAUCAAGGUUUGUCACACCUGGAAGCCCUGGAAAUCCUGUCCAAUGAAAGUGAAGGCAAGGUUCAGUCAUUUUUAGCAUCACUUGAUGGAGAGAAGCUGGAACUCUUAAAAAAUGACCUCAUUUCCAUUAAAGACAUCUUUGCUGCCAAAGAACUAGAGAAUGAAGAGAAUCAAGAAGUGCAAGGCAUAGAAGAAAAGGGAGAAGAAUUUGCUAGCAUGCUUACAGAGCUUCUCUUUGAAUUACAUGUUGCGGCCACGCCUGACAAACUCAAUAAGGCGAUGAAAAAAGCUCAUGACUGGGUGGAAGAGGAUCAAACCGUGGUGCCAGUAGAUGUGGCUGAAGAGUCAGAGGACAAAACUAAGAAAGAAGAAAAGGAAGAGAACGCCGAAGGUCCCGAAGAAAAGAAGGAAGAAAGAAAAACUAAGACAGUUGAGGAAGUAUACAUGCUGUCCAUCGAAAGCCGCGAAGUAACAGCUCGCUGUAUUGAGCAGCUUCAUAAAGUAGCAGAAUUAAUUCUUCAUGGACAAGAAGAGGAAAAACCAGCUCAGGACCAAGCAAAAGUUCUGAUAAAAUUAACUACUGCCAUGUGCAAGGAAGUGGCCUCCUUAUCAGAGAAGUUUACAAAUGCUUUAACCACUGUCGGGAGCAACCGGAAGGCUGAGGUCCUUAACCCCAUGAUCAAUAGUGUAUUGUUAGAGGGCUGCAAUAGCACCGCAUACAUACAGGACGCCUUCCAACUGCUGCUGCCUAUCCUGCAGGUUUCACACAUCCAGACCAGCUGUUCCAAAGCACAGCCGUGACCUGGCCAGACUCCAUCGAGUUCAAGGAAACAGCAGGCCCUGGUGCUUUGAUAGAUACCAUUUCUUGGGAUGUUUUCCACACAUCUGGCCACAGGUGCUCAUUUGAAGUCACUACAGCAGUUUUGCACAGACAGUAUGGAGAAUGCAAGUUGAAAGAAGAGUAUCAUUUCUCUUGCUGUAUAUGGUUGUUUUUACAAAUAAUUGUUCCCUUUAUGUUAAUUUAAACUGACACAGCUCUGUAUUGAUAAUUUCCUUUUAUCUGGAGUUCACUCAGAAAUAUUCCAUUUUCCUGGUCAAGCAUGUUAUAUUUAGUAAUUCAUGGACAGACCCUAGACUUUUCAUUCCACUUUUAAAUUUCUCAUUCUUAUAGUAGGACUUUAAAUCAAUUCUUAUACUGAACUUAGUUUUGUUAUAUAAAUGCCACGAGCAGAGAUAACACUACUUAUAGAUUUUACCUCUUAUGGUGGAAAGAGAAACAUAAGUAUCUCUUUAUAGCCAUUCAUUCUUGAAACAAGCAUUUAUUGAGUUCCUACUGUGCCCUCACAGUAGAGGCAUAUGAUCUCACUCCAGUUGAGGCGGACAUUCUGAAAGAGGAUUUAUAAGAAUUCUGAAAAUGUUUUGGAAUACUAGUAAAUUUUCUAAACCUUAAAAAAAUUUGAAGAACAAGGUAAAUGAGUGGCUUUUGAAGUAUUGAAUCCUUCCAUUUAUUGUGUUUUUUCAUAUUCCUUGAACUUUUUUAUCCCUAAGUUACAUAUGGAUGAAAAUAUAUAUCAAAAGGGAUACUAAAGAACAUUUUGCUGUGAAGUGGACUUCUUAUGACCGUGUACAUGAGAGCAUAAUCACAAAGCUGGCAAGUCUUCAGAUAGAAAAUUAAUUAAAGGAAUGACAACACAGUAGACCCCCAGGACUGCAUCUUCAGGUCUAUUAUAAAAGAGUCAAGCUGUUCCAUGAAUACACAGAUCACACUCGCCGGUGGCAAAUGCCAUCAUUUCUUCUAAAGAUAGAAAAUGCUGAUUGCUGUGUGGAUGACUACAUGGUAUCACAGUCUACAAGGCUGCGCGGAAGACCGUGCAGCCAGGAGAGGCUUUGUCAACGGGUCUCUCCACCUGACCCCCACAUGGUCACUCUGGAUGGGGUUCUGUACAAUGUUCCUACCUGGGAGCAACACCCACACCCCUCCAGAUACUGUCACAAAAUGUCUCGCCCAGUGCCUCUCUCCAGGCCAAAUGAAGCCUGUACCUUUGCCGGGGUUCCCAUCAUGGCUCAGUGUAACGAACCCAACGAGCAUCCAUGAGGAUACGGGUUGGAUCCCUGGCCUCACUCAGUGGGUUAAGGAUCUGGCGUUACCACGAGCUGUGGUGUAGGUCGCAGACACGGCUCAGAUCCCGUGUUGCUGUGGUUGUGGCAUAGACUGGCAGCUGCAGCUCCGAUUUGACUCCUAGCCUGGGAACUUCCAUGUGCCAUGGGUGCAGCCCCAAAAAAAGAAGCAAGAAAGAAAGAAUUCUCAUUCACAUUUGCUUUUAUUCCCCUGAUAGGGUAGACUGCCUUUGCCCCAUAUAUGCAAAGUAGGGAUAUUUUAAUAUCCUCCUACUUCUUAUUAGCGUUUCAUUUCCCCAUAUCCUGGAUUUCAUUUGUGUAUUUCCUGAAAUAGACAAAUAGAGAAUAUAAGAAUUUAUUUAUAAUCUAGAAAAGCAUUCUCUGAGGAAUCAAUUAAAGCUGGUUUUUCCUACGUGCUUUUUGAUUGCCUGGAAUGUUUCUGCCAUUAGGUCUAGAGAAGAGUUAACUGAUAUAAAUGUUGCAUUUACCUCUUCAUAAAUUUUAGACUUUUUAUGUAGAAAAAGGAUUUAGAGUUACAAUUUCUUCACAUCAGAUUUUUUUUUUUUUUAGUAUCAGAUGGAUUUAUAGACGUUAACUAGAAAUGUAAAAGAAAUAAAUAGUCUCAAAGGAGCUAGGUUCCCAAAAUUAGACUUUAAGCCUAACUGCACCCAUUUGGUGCAUAGCAAAAUUCUUAAUGAAAUAGAAGUCUACAAAAGAAUAAGAGAUAAUUAUUCUUUUAUGAGCGGUUGACAUUAUUUACAUUGCAUUUAUUUAUCUUUUAAUGCGAGAAUAUUGAGGUUGCCAGGUGGAAACAUUAGGGUGAGAGAUGAUUCCUGGGGCCUAACUCCGUGGUCUGUGAAUCACAUUACUUAAGAGAGAAUCAUCACUUAAAAUAUAUCCAGGGGUUCCCAUCGUGGCUCAGCAGAAAUGAAUCUGACUAGCAUCCAUGAGGACACAGGUUCAAUCCCUGGCCUUGCUCAGUAGGUUAAGGAUCUGGCAUUGCUGUGGCUGUGGUGUAGGCUACAGCUCCAAUUAGACCCCUAGCCUGGGAACCUCCAUAUGCCUCAGGUGCGGUCCUAAAAAGACAAAAAAAUAAAAUAUAUGCACCCUCGAGGAUUGCUUUCUUUCAGAACUGUUUUUCACAUCACUUUUAAAUAAUUGUGUCUUUGCUUUGCCUUAAAAGCUAGCAAAGCACAGGAUCCAGAUCAGGGCAAAUGUCAAUCAGUUACUGAAUGAAUGAUUUCUCGGGCUUACUUGGAAGUUUUGUAUUCCUUCAAUAAGCUUUCUAUAAAUUGGGUACACUUCACUCCAUGCAAUUACCCUGAACAUGCCUGCCAGUUUUUUUUCUUACAUCAAGUGCAAAAGAACCUCUAGUCUAAAUAAUGAAUGUAGUCCUGUGCCUGUGUCUUAUUAAAUAAAAAGCAUCAAAGGCAUAUUUCAAAUUCAAGGCAAAAUGCAUCCAAGAAAAAUUGCUUUGGGGAAUUGAUACAUACAGCUCUGAAGGGCAAAAUAGAGCCCCAAAUCUUUUUUUCUUUUUUUUUUUUAAUUUUACUGAAAUAUAGUCGACUUACAAAGUUUGUUAAUUUCAGGCAUAUAGCAAAGUAAAUAUUUUUUUUUUGUUGGGGGUGUGGGCAUGCCCAUGGCAUUGUGUGACGCUCCCAGGCCUGGGACUGAACCCACAACAUAGCAAUAGCAACCCAAGCCACAGCAGUGACAGGGGUGGUUCCUUGCUGAGCCACCAGGGAACACCAGUUCCAAAUUUUAAAGCAAAGGCCUAAACUUAAAUAUUCUAUCUCACUGAGGAGAGAAGGCUCUCAUUUUUCUGGGUCUCACACUGGGCUGUAUAUCAAGCCCAUGCUUAGAGGAGCAGCCUGGCUUGCUGGACCAGUGGCGAACCAGCUGCUUCACCUCCACCCACUAAGGAACCAUGGGCCUCAGCGGCAGAACUCAAAGGGGAAGCAGCACCAGCCUUGCACCAGUAAAGUGCUAAUUAUAUGGUAGAAGUCGGAGCCCCCAAAUGAGAGCAUUUCCUAUGCUUUGGAGAAGUCAGCUGCCCCGAGGUGCUUGCAUAUCUGGGAAGCUGGCUUCUGCACAGGCUGGUCAGCUGUGCUUAAGUGAAAAGCAAAAGCAGGCAGAUUCUGGUCACAGCCGUUCCAAAGAUCCACCAUAUAAUGCCAUAGGAAUUAAUUCAGCAAAAAGGUGAAAUAAACAUAUUUCUCUUCUUUCCCGCGGAAAAGUAUAUAUGGAAACAGACUCUGAAUACGGAAUAUCUAUAGUAUGUGUGUAGGCUGAACAGAUGGAAGGGGUCAUAAUACAUGACUUCAAUCCGUAUUUAAUUUUAUAAAAGCAGUUUUUCUUCAGGGUCAAGCUAAUUUUUGUAAUGUAAAAAUUGCCCUUUGGCCUUCCUCUUAAGUGUGUCCUGCAUUCUGAGAUUCAGAUCCAGGCCUCAACUUGGUUUCUUAAAUUAUGCGUUUGUAAAUGCACAUCAAAGAGAUCACUAUGAAAAUUCCUUUCAGAAUUGCAGUUUUGCCUUGGCUUUGUAACUGAUUAGAAUUCAGACCAUAGGAUUCAUUCCAACCAUUCUUCACAUUAAAAGCCAUAGGAUUCAGACCAACCAUUCUUCACAUUAAAAGAAAAAAAAAAGAAUCAUGUGGUUAACUAUUUGUUGUAUUUUUCAAGCUAUCUCAUAACUUAUUCAGGUUUAGGUUCUUUUUCUGUAUAUUUACCUGUAACAGAUGAUCCACUACAAUAUCUGCUAUUAAACAAAUCUGAGUUCUU